AUGCACUUUGCUCCACAAUGUGUAAUAUGUGCUUCAAAAUUAAUUCAAGGUGACAGUGCUGUUUUACCAUGUGGACAUGUUUUUCAUUCAGCAUGUGUUUCAAAGUGGGUCAAUGAAGCAAAAAGUUGUCCAAAUUGUCGUAAAAAGUGUACUCUUUCUGAAGUGUCAAAGUUGUUUUUUGAUUAUUUUGAUAAAAAUGUACCACAAACUUCUACAUCCGAAAUUGAUGAUAUGGUUGAAAAUAUUUUAGAAACUCGAAUAGAAGAACUUGGAAAUCUAUGUGAGACUUUAAAGACAGAAAUAAAUUAUCAUUUAGAAGAAAUAAAAGAAAUGAACAUAAUUAUAAAUUCUAAAAAUAAGGAACUUGAAAAUAAAGAUAAAGAGAUAGAGACAUUGUCAUCUGUAAUUACUGAUUAUUAUAAUCUUAAAAAAGAAAAUGAAAAAAUGAAUGGCAGGUUGAAGUUGUGUGAAUUUUAUAAGAAAAUUUCAAAAGGUAAUAUGUCAUGUAAUGUAAAUAUUUUGGAUAAAUAUUUAACUGACAGUAAUUCUGUUAAUGUAGUAAACAUUUUGAAUACAACACUAAAAGAAAAUGAAAAAUUAAAAGAAUUAAUAAAUGAAUCAAGAAUGCAACAGAAAUCUUUGAUUGAAGAAAAGUUAAGAUUACAAAAACAAAUUUAUGAUAAAAAUAAUUUGUUAAAUACGCUUAAAAAUAAAUUGAGCUCUUUAGAUACUAUGUCAGAUGAAAAAAUAGAAGAAUUACUUAAUUUAUUUUAUGAUAGUGGAAAUCAUGAUAAAGCAUCAAUGGGAUUUGACAUGUUUUCGCAAAUAAAAUCAGACUCUGAUAAAUGUUUAAGUAAAAACGUAAAUCCUAAAGUAAGUGAUAUUUAUCUACCAAAUUUUAAAACGCCAAAAAGAUCAGAGUUUGAUGUAAGUGUUUCUUCUUUUGAUAGCAAAGAAAUUUUAGAGAAACUGGUUAAAGAAACUAACAAAAAAGAAAACUCUGAUCAGCGUAAAAAAGAAUUUGAUGUAAACCAUUCUAAUAUAUUUGCUUUACGAAGAAAUUUUCCUAUCAAACGACCAAAAUUUUUGUGA